GAGUUAUCCGUUACAUAAUUGAAACUGAGCUGAACAAAAAAAAAUGGAAGAGGAGCUCAAGAAAGUCGAAACCGAGCCUACUCCGGCGCCGGAGCCGCCUCUGGCCUCCGCCCCCGAUGUCACUGUGGAGAAGGAGAAGGAGAAGGAGAAGGCUUUGCUUCCACCUCCACCUGGUGCUGUUGAUGACUCCAAAGCUCUAGCUGUUGUUGAGCCUGAAAAGGUUCCUGAGACCAUUGCUAAAAAGCCCUCAGGAGGAUCACAUGAUAGAGAUGUGGCUCUUGCAAACCUUGAGAAGGAAAAGAGUAUGUCUUUUGUGAGGGCAUGGGAAGAUAGUGAGAAGGAUAAGGCAGAGAACAAGGCCGAAAAGAGGCUCUCAACGGUUACUGCAUGGGAAAACACCAAGAAGGCAGCUAUUGAAGCCAAACUGAGAAGCAUGGAGGAAAAACUGGAGAAGAAAAAGGCACAGUAUGCGGAAAAAAUGAAAAACCAAAUUGCCCUGCUUCACAAACAAGCAGAUGAAAAGAGGGCUAUGAUUCAAGCAGAGAGAGGGCAAGAACUUCUCAAGGCAGAGGAAAUGGCCGCUAAAUACCGUGCAACUGGUGGCGUUCCAAAGAAGUUCCUUGGCUGUUUUUGAAGCAGUAGUUUGAGUCUGGUUUGGAAACAGUUAAUGUAGCUUCUGGUUUUUCUUGUGUAUAUGUUUCUUUUCUGUUUGUUGUCCAUGUCAUUUUGUGUGAAAACCUGAUUGAAAAAUUCAGCAACUGUUCAUUAUAUUCAUCUCUGUAUAGGAAGUGUAUUUCGUUUGUGAAAUCAGUUUGCUAUUUUUGAUUUGAUUGUAUUUUUUUGUUUCAGUAAUGAGAUAGAUAACUCUACUCUUUCUUCUU